AUGGAAACAUCGCAGCGCCUCUCGUACAAGCUAUCAGAGUUAGAAGAGGCGCUUCAAAGAAUGAUAACCUCCGAUCAGCAGUCCAAUGAUGCCGACGACGACUCCAUGUCCGCCGUCUCGAACGAGCUGCUGGUCUAUGACGAGGAUGGCGACUUGACGAUCCGCGUCGGCCCCAGCUUGAGUCCCUUCCGAGUCGACUCCAAGACGGUGUCGCGCUCGUCGCUCGUGUUCAGGAGGAUGCUCUUUGGAGGGUUCGCGGAAUCGCGCCCCACAGACGGCAGCGACUGGGUUGUCGAUUUGCCAGACGACGGUCGGGAUUCGAUGGAGAUCCUGUUCGGCAUAAUCCACGGAGCCUUUGAAAGGGUCCCGACAGAACUCUCGCUGUGGAGCCUAUACGAUCUACUGGUUCACACAGAAAAGUAUGAUGCGACUCGCCUCUUGCGGCCCUGGGCAAAACUCUGGCUCCAUAAUCAGGAGGUCGUGAGUCAGACGGAGGAACCCGAACUUCUAUGUGUGGCGUGGGAACUAGGUGACUCUGCUCUCUUCAAGCAGAUGCUGCACAAAAUCACCAACGAAUGCCUCAUCGACAACGACGGCAACGUCGUUUACGGCCGGCGGAAGAGAAUCCAGAAGUCCCACAAUGGCAACUCUUACUACCGUGUGCGCUCACCGGAGUUGGUUCUCAACUCGCUGGAUCAUCUCAUGCCCCCGGACAUUGAAGAAAUCAUUUCGAGCAACCGACAAAAAAUUGUCAACGCCGAGCUCCAACCCUAUGUUGACUUAUGGAACCUUUGCAUAAUGGCCAGAUGCGAAUCCCACUCAACGUACCCCGAAAAAGGCUGGAAAUGCGACUCGAUGGUCCUCGGCUCGCUGAUCAAGUCUCUCUUUGACGCGCAUGUUCAUAUUGCCUCGCCCAAGGCGGCUGUCGAGGGAUACAGAGGGAGCCUGGCAGAUCUGAGAACCCGGCUCGACAGGGCAAGAGUGAGGUCAAUGUGUGGUGAUGAGUGUGACGAGGGCAUCCAGACAGCCUUGGAAGAAGGCAAGGAAAAGGCGGCGGAAUUGAGGGCGGACAUCAUGACAUUGCAGGAUAGCCAUAAGGAAUAUAUGGAGUCCCAAGCUAGAAAGACAGGGUUGUAG